AUGUCGCCAAUCUCCCGCCUCGCCCGCCUCCUCCUCAUCUUCCACGCACUCGUAAACAUGGCACUGGGCGCCUACCCCUUCUUCAACCCAGCCGAGUACUCUGCGAUCACAGGGGUUGAAGCGCCAGAGAGAGCUUUGCAGGAUAUUGGCCUCGGUACUAUAGCGAUAGGUUGGUACCAACUCAUCUUCACACUGCAAGGCAACCGCAAGAUGAUGGCGUCGACAAUCCCACUGCGGUGUGCAUUUGCAGGUCUCAUGUAUUUGUUGGAGAGGCCGCAGCCCUUGCUGAUUUACGAGUUGGUUGUUGUGUGGUUUUCAGGUAUUGCAGUGUUUGCAUAG